AUGUACGCGUGCUUCGCAACGGGAAGAUUUACCAUACCCCUUAACACUCCCCCUGGUGGUCGUAGUGGUGGUGUAGGUGUCGACUGUGUGUUUACCGUGGAGACCGCAGGUCCGGGGUUCGAGCAUGUCUCAUUCGCCGCCGUGUUUGAACGAAUCUUCACCAGUCUCACCCACACCCACACCCACGGCCAGAGUGGCCUUAACCUUCUAAAGCUGAGUACACUGUCCACCUUCCAAACAACAGACCCCAGACACAUCCAAGUUACUGUAGCAGAUGAUACCUUGCAGUCCGGCCUGACCUUGACUUUUAACCUUCUAAAGCUGACUACACUGUCCACCUUCCAAACAACAGACCCUAGACACAUCCAAGUUACUGCAGCAGAUGAUACCUUGCAGUCCGGCCUGACCUUGACACUUGACCUUAUAAAGUUGACUACACUGUCCACCUUCCAAACAACUGACCCUAGACACAUCCAUGUUACUGUAGCAGAUGAUACCUUGCAGUCCGGCCUGACCUUGACUUUUAACCUUCUAAAGCUGACUACACUGUCCACCUUCCAAACAACAGACCCUAGAAACAUCCAAGUUACCGUAGCAGGUGAUACUUUGCAGUCCGGCCUGACCUUGACAAUUGACCGUCUAAAGUUGAACACACUGUCCACCUUCCAAACAACAGACCCUAGUCACAUCCAAGUUACUCUGCUAGAUGGCCAUCUUCUACUCAGUCUGUGUGUCUGUGUGUUGGAGAGUGGGGCCGCCGCUGCUGCUAUGGACGAGACAAACACGAGGACCUCGCUGACGAUGGAGGAUUACCAGAAGAUGUUAGCCACCAUCGACAGUACAGCCAAGUGUCCCGUGUGUCUAGAGAGAGUACGCAGCCCUACUACUCUAUGUAACAACGGUCACGCUAUAUGUCGCCAGUGCAAGCAGACGCAGCAACACUGCCCUACUUGCAGGGCACCCUUCUCCCGAAUCAACCCUGUGUUCCUCAACGCCCUCAUGGACCUUCUACCCUCUCAGUGUCGUAACUCCUACAGAGGAUGCACCCUAGUGUUGGACAGAGAGUCGCUCAUCGACCACGAGAGGGAGUGUCGGUUCAGGAUGGAAAAGUGUAAAGUGCGAGGAUGUUCAUGGCAAGAUGAAAUUACUGGACUGCUAGACCACGUGGCCUCAACACACCCCAAGUCUUUCCUUACUUCCCCAGCUGUUGUGAGAGCUCCUGACUUUAUCGUCUCUGAUGAAGAGUACUCAGCCUCUUUGGUAGCUGUAGAGGACUGCCUCUUCUGGGUGCACAUCACCAACAACUUCUACAAGAAGCAGAUCCCCGUGAUCGUCCAGUGGCUACAGCGGGAGUCCAGGGUGUCCAGAGUCCUAUGUGACGUCACUGUGGUCAAGGAUCACUUCAGCUUCUGCUACUCCCAGACUUUAGACUCCGUGGAGCCUGUGGAGCAAGCACUGUGCUCCACCCUCGCCAAGCAGUUCCUCGUCACUCCAAACUCCAUCUUCCCCAACUUCAUCAGUUCCAAGUACGAAGUAGAGAUCAGAUUUGACAUUCGCCUUGAGUGCGAUAAGUGACGUGUCUUUGUGAGUUGGAAACAAAGGACUUUUAACCAAUUUGAUU